AUGAACACUGCAUUGGGAAGCGACUCAAAACUCAUCAUUGGGGCUGACCUCAAUCAACUCGACCAUCACUCCAUCCCUCAAACAGGUCUACACACUAUAUUCUGGUUCCCACCCACCGAGGUAAACCCCUGGGCAUCACUCAUACUUAGAGGUCACACGUCUCGACACAUCAUCUUGUGGUUGCAGCUGCUCAAACACCAACUUAUUCAGCUUCGAAAAACAUCAUCACCAGAAAAGUCAUCUCAUUUCGCCAUCGUCAUCCUUCACAGAGUUGUGCCUGCUUUCAACAUCUCAACAACAUCCACUUCAACAAUAUCUCCAACUUCUGCAUCAUCACCACCAACAAUACUCAAUCAGCCAUUCGGUAACUGA